ACGAGCAGGCUCCUAAAUCUGUUGUGGCUUCAGAAAAGCAACGGAACACCUCAAGAAGCCCGUGGGCGCACCUCAACUUAGACAAAAAGCCUCCCAGUUUCUGCCUGAUCUCCUGCUGAUGGUGUUUCAUAACUGCAAUUAGAAGCCCAGUAAUACACCAGGAGGCACCUCGAUGAGUUAGUUGACUAUGAGCUGCUAGCAGAAGGGCCUCACCAUGGACCUGAACACACUAGCUUUCCUCCUCGGCACCUUGCUCUGCACUGCUCGUGGUACUGAGGUGGAAGGUUACUCCAAGACUGAAGGAGCAUGGAUCCUGUCUCUGAACAGAAAACUAUACUCUGUAAACACUGUGACUGAAUGUGCCACCUUAUGUGACGCUGAAAAGACCUUCACAUGCAAGUCUUUCAUUUACAUUGAAAAGGACCAAGAGUGUUGGACAGAAGCAGCAAACUCUAAAACAGAGACUAUCCUGCGCAGAAGCAGCACAGCUUUAUACGAAAAAAAUGUAUACCUCCUGGAGUGUGUGAAUGGAAUAGGAACAGAUUACAGAGGAACAAAGUCCAGAACAAAAUCUGGAAAAACAUGUCAGAGAUGGGCCGCGAACUACCCUCACAGGCCCAAUUUCACACCGCAGAACAAACCCCUAGCAGACCUGGAGUCUAACUUCUGCAGAAACCCUGAUGGGGACAGUGGGGGACCCUGGUGCUACACCAUGGACCCCAACACCCGCUGGGAACACUGCAACGUAGCCGGCUGCACUGAGGAAUGCAUACACUGCAGUGGGGAGGACUACAGAGGGAAAAUCUCCACGACAGAAAAUGGCUUCACCUGCCAACACUGGGACUCCCAGAAACCUCACAACCAUGGCUACAACCCCAGCGCUCUUCCAGGGAAGUAUCUCGAGGUGAACUACUGCAGAAAUCCCGAUGGAGACCCCCGACCUUGGUGCUUCACCACCAGCCCAUCUAAACGAUGGGACUUCUGUGCUAUACCUCGCUGCACGUCCGAGCCUCCCACCAUCGUCCCAGAGGUGGCCUGUGCCACUGGUGAGGGUGGAAGGUACAGAGGUACGGUAGCUGUCACCGAGUCUGGAAAAACGUGCCAGAGCUGGUCUGCUCAGACACCACAGAAACACAGCCGGACGCCAGACAACUACCCCUGCAAAGGCUUAGAUAACAACUACUGCCGUAACCCCGACAAUGAGAGGAUGCCUUGGUGUUACACCACUGACCCUGAAACUCGCUGGGAGUACUGCAACGUGCCGAGCUGCGAAGAUGGAGCCAGACCGGAUGAGCCAGUGAUCCCCCCAGACGAGGAAGACUGCUAUGAGGGGGACGGCACGAGUUACCGGGGCAUAACCUCAGAGACCAUCAGUGGAAAAAGAUGUCAAGCCUGGAGCUCCAUGUCUCCUCACAGCCAUCAGAAAACUCCACAGAACUUUCCCGAAGCGGACCUCAGGAGGAAUCUGUGCAGGAACCCUGACCGGGACCGAGCUCCCUGGUGUUACACGACAGACCCCAGGGUCCGCUGGGAGUACUGCAACUUAGAGAAAUGCCCCACAAAUCCUUCGGAGGUAGAACCCGCCCAAACUUCUAAACCCGAGCCCACCCAGGCCCCAACACAGACAGACUGUAAGGUUGGGAAUGGAGAAACAUACCGGGGUCCAACUUCCAUCACCAUUCUGGGUGUGACCUGCCAGGCCUGGAGUGCUCAGAGCCCUCACCAACACAACAGCUUCACCCCACAAACUCACCCAGACAAAGGUCUGGAGGGCAAUAGUUGCAGAAACCCAGAUAACGAUGUAAAUGGACCGUGGUGCUACACAACUGAUAGGAACAAGAAAUGGGACUACUGUCAGAUCCCCGAUUGCGCUGGUCUCAACUGCGGCACGCCGGUCAUCAAACCCAAGCGCUGUUUUGGUCGUAUUGUGGGAGGAUGCAUAUCUAAACCUCACUCAUGGCCCUGGCAAAUCAGCCUCCGGACCAAUACGGGAAUUCAUUUCUGUGGAGGAACUCUGAUUGACGCUCAGUGGGUCCUUACUGCUGCACACUGCCUGGAGAGGUCCAAACGGCCUUCAGCCUACAAGGUGCUCCUGGGCGUCCACACAGAGAGAGCCAAUGAGCCGUCGAAACAAGAGAGGAACCUGGAGAAACUGGUGCUGGGACCCAACGGAGCCGACAUCGCGAUGCUCAAACUGCAGUCCCCUGCACUAAUAAAUGACAAAGUCCUGCCAGCUUGUCUGCCAGAAAAGGACUUCAUUGUUCCCUCUGGAACUGAGUGUUAUGUUACUGGAUGGGGUGACACUCAAGGUACGGGAGGAGAAGGCAUCCUAAAGGAAACUGGCUUCCCGGUGAUCGAGAACAAGAUUUGUAAUCGUCCAUCCUACCUGAACGGCAGAGUCAGAGACCACGAGAUGUGUGCUGGAAACAUCGAGGGAGGAACAGACAGCUGCCAGGGUGACAGCGGUGGUCCUCUGGUGUGUAAUUCCCAGAACAGGUAUAUCCUGCAGGGUGUGACAUCGUGGGGUCUGGGAUGUGCCAAUGCCAUGAAACCUGGCGUCUACGCUCGAGUCUCCAAGUUUGUUGACUGGAUCGACAAAACCAUCAAAGCCAAUUAACAUCCAUGCACCUUCAACGACAGCUUUAGCUUCAAAGUCGCACAAAGUGACUUUCCAUUGUGCUUUUUGCGGAUGCUUUAACAUGAAUGUUUGUAGCCUUGUAUUAAGUGACGUCAACAAGUGUUUUGUUUCCUGUGCUUGAAAGACUGUAAGCAGAUCAUAUUUCUCCUUUUUGGGAUGCGAAGAUGUGUUUUUUGUGAGGGCUAAAAAAAUAAAACUUAAUGCAAAGGAAAUGUGGAAAUAAUGUUUUAUAGAAAUUGUACCAAAAAAAAUCUACUUCCUUGUUUUUAGUGGAGGUGAACACUUUGUAUUACCGUGCAGCAAACAUGCACACACAAGCAUGCACACAAAAGCAGUCACACAAAAGCAGUCACACAGUUGUGCUUUCCUUGUUGUUUGUCAGGUCUGAUUUUAAAAGUUUCUUCAUUUGGUGGUUCUCCUCUACAACGUCCUUUUUCCUGGGAACAAAGUAUACAUAUUCUAUUGACGGGAUAUAGAAGACUCCAUUACUCUAUUAAUUUCUUCAGACAGUAGUGUGAAUUAAAAUUUGCUAUAAAAAAACU